UAUGUGUCUUUAAAAAAAAAAAAUAGUAAAUAGCGUUGAGACCUCCGCAUUCAGACUUUCACCAUAAGAUAAAACACCAAUGAGGAGCUGCUGAUUUCAGCUGUUUGGAUAGAGGUUCAUGCUUUUUCUUCGGAAUUCGGCAGUUUCACAGACGCUGACUUUCCCUUCAGCAGGAAGUCAGUGCUCCCCACGGUGAGGAACAAGAAGGCUUCAGAGAAAUCCUCCUGGAUCAUCACAAACUGUGCUGCAAAAAAGGCAGCAGAUCUUGAUGGAGUGAUGGAUUAGAGAUGUGGCUGGCUGUGGAGCACAGCAGGCCUGGAUCCUGCUCUCAGACACCAGGGCUGAGAAGCUGCAGAGGAGUGAGGAGUUUCCACCAUCCUGACCUUCGUCAGGCCUUCCUCAACAUCACCUUAGCGGUUCUUUCUCGCAGUCAUCCUCACCGACCAGGCAGUCAGUGUGUAACUAAGUCUUCAACUGACCUUUGCUGAAAUUUAAGAAGUAGUUACAUUCACAUUUGAUUCCAGCCACCUCCUCAAGUGCCCCAGAAUAUUGUUUUAUGUCCUCCUGAAUCUGAAACAUGAGGAACAUCAGAUCGACCCUACUGCUGGGCUGCGUGCUCUUCUGCUCUGCCUCCCUGCUCUACCUGGGCAUGAGUGGGAUAGAGUGCCCUCCAAAAAGCCAUCGGUACCGGUGGAUGGAGCUCAACCUGGGCUCAGCCAAUCAGAGCUUAUCCCUGACGGAACACUUCCCUGAAGACACACCCCUCAUCUUCAUCGGAGGCUUUCCCAGGAGCGGCACCACGCUGAUGCGCGUCAUGUUGGAUGCCCACAAUGCUGUGCGGUGCGGGGAAGAGACCCGAGUGAUUCCCCGCCUCUUGGCCAUGCGGGCCACCUGGAGCCGCUCAGUGAAGGAGAAGAUGCGACUGGACGAGGCCGGCGUCACUGACCAGGUGUUGGACUCGGCCGUGCGAGCAUUCCUGUUAGAGGUGAUAGUUGGCCACGGGGAGCCUGCUCCUCGCCUUUGCAACAAGGAUCCGUUUGCCUUGAAGUCGCUCUCAUAUCUGUCACGCAUCUUUCCUAAAGCCAAAUUUGUGCUCAUGCUACGAGACGGACGGGCAACCGUCCACUCCAUGAUAUCACGCAAGGUGACCAUCUCUGGCUUUGACCUGAGCAGCUACAGGGACUGUCUGACCAAGUGGAACAGCGCGGUGGAGACCAUGUUCAGCCAGUGCCAGGCAGCUGGGGAGUCCAGAUGUCUGCCCGUCCGCUAUGAGCAGCUUGUCCUCCACUCAGAGGAGGAAAUGAGGAAGUUGCUUCACUUCCUAGAGCUGCAGUGGGACCCCUCAGUGCUGCACCAUGAAGAGCUGAUUGGAAAGGCUGGUGGCGUGUCUCUGUCCAAGGUUGAGCGCUCCACAGACCAGGUGAUGAAGCCGGUGAACACAGACGCCCUCUCCAAGUGGGUCGGGCACAUUCCCCCUGACGUGAUAAGCAACAUGGCUGAAAUCGCACCUAUGCUGGCUCGCCUGGGCUACGACCCCCAUGCCAACCCCCCCGACUACACGAGACCAGAGCCCACGGGGUCCCUGUUCAACGACUCCCAGAAUUUGAAAGCAACAGAGACUCCACAUCCCAGUUAAGCAAAAGAGGAAAAUCCAGCUUUGCUGUGCCACAAUAUCCAUGCACCUUAAACACAGACUUCCAGUUCAAAAGGAAAGAUUUUUAAGUGUCUUGUGUAUUAUAAUGUGCGGUGUUAAUGUCUGAACAUGAGUGAAGUGUUAAAAAUAUGGACCCAAGUGAUUUGGGUUUUAAAUGUCACAUGGACUACCUGCUCGUGGAAGUUUCUCAGUCUCCAACAUUUCAUCCACUGUGAACCGACAGUAUAAGACGACGGCAUUUUAACGCAUCUUCUCACCUCGUACCGGAAAGUAUUUCAACAUGUCUGUAAAGUUGUUUCGAUUCACCACAAAUGUGAAUGUGUCUUUAGACAAAUCUUUCACUUACUGAGAGUUCAGUCAGUGUUUAUGAAGCAGAGUGACUGUUUAUUUUUAAAGAUGUAUGUUUAUUUUCUUAAUAAAUUAUUUUGGUGUUGACCAUUUGUUCGGGAACAGUUGUUUAUUCUGAAUUGAGUUUUUUUUAUUGUUGUAUAUUGUUGAACAUGAAUAAAAAGAUUCUAAACGUCACC